AUGACUUUUGAAGGUUAUGAAGAAAUCGCUCGAUAUAUUCAGCAAGAAAGGAAACCAUCCUUCAAGAAAUUUGUGGAAGGAAACGUGGUGAGCUUGGCAAACUGGUCUCUCAAGCUGCCAACAGCUUCUUCUUCUACAAUUCAUGGUUUCUGGUUUGAAAAGUACUGCAAAGUAUCGAUGGAUGUUUUUAAAGACCUGAAAAAUAUGCUGGAUAAAUGUGGUGAAGCGGCAUUGAAUAUCAUUGGCGAUGUGUCUGGCUCUGUAGCAUCACAAGUGUCCAAGUCAAUUGUGUCCGCGGAUGGAUCCUCUCCCCUUUGUUCUCCUGAUGAUUCAACAAACGAUCACAAUGCACCUGGCGAUACAAGUGACGCUUCAAUCCACCAUCAUAAUACAAAUUACAACCCCGAUGCACCUGACAACACAAGUGGCUCUUCAAUCCACCAUCAUGAUACAAACCACAGCCCUGAUGCACCUGACAACACAAGUUAUGCUUCAACCCAUGAUUAUGACACAAAUCACAAUUCCGAUGCACCUGGCAACACAAGUGACAAUUCCAUUGAAUACCUCGACUUGCAUUGUUACGGUGUGAAGAAGCUUAGGGGAACCUUCGAUGAACAGGAUAAGUGCAAUGUGGAAAGCAAGUUGACGAACGGCAGCAGCAGCAAUGAAAAAAUUACAAACCAUAUAAUCAAACUUUUGUGUCAAUCCAACCUGACGCCCACUGACCAAGAAACAAUCAAGCUUUUACUGUCGAAUAUUAUCAACACCUUAGAUGAAAACAUAUAUGCAACAAUGGAAAACAUCUUAACCUCGAAGCAACUUGAUAUCUUAUGCAACGACGAUACGAAAUCUGAGCAAUUGUUUAGACUAGAUUUUGUAAACUUGGCCCUCCUGGACAAAAUUAUUGACAACAGUGGGACUGAUAUCAAUAUGCACGAUUAUUUAGUGGUGAAGUGGUGGCUGAAGCAACCAGGAUGGCAAUGGGUCAAAACGACUAUGACACGACAAGUUGGUUUGGGCGAAAGAUCGACUUAUUACUCAAGCUGAAGGACACAUCAAUCGAAUUAGCUUCCAACGAGUGGAAAUCCAGCAAAACCGACAAUCUCAAACUGAAACAGCAAAGCAAGAAUCGUAGAUCCAACUCUGCGAUUUUGAAGAAACUUCAUAUUGAAAGUGGGACUCGAAUCAAUACUGUGAUGGCUGCUGAUGUUAUUGGGACGACUGGGUAUCUUUACAAACUCCAAUGGAAGCAUGGUAUA